AUCGAGAUAACGUCAUUUUUGUAGGUUGAUUGGUGAGACUGCAGAAGAGUGAUUACACUAAACUUGAACCCAUAUAACGUGAAUAAAUUUCAAACUUAUCAGGAAGGAACAUGGCUGCAGGGGAUAGGAUAUUGAGCCUUGACGGUGGAGGUAUUCGAGGACUCAUUAUGCUCGAGAUCUUGGAUGCGAUCGAGAAGGAAGCAGGCAAGCCUAUCAAAGACUUGUUUGACUGGAUUGGUGGUACAAGCACUGGCGGCAUUGUUGCGCUGGGUAUUGCGACGGACAAAACACUAGACACGAUUAAAGGAAUAUACAACAACAUGAAGGGCAAAGUAUUCAAAGGCAAAACACCGUACGACUCUGCACAGAUAAAAGAACAGUGUAAACAAAAUUUUGGGACCAGCGUAAUGGGGGAUAUAAAGCAUCCAAAGAUCCUGGUUACUGGAGUUUUAGGAGACCACAGUCCGUGGAAACUUCACAUGUUUCGUUCUUACACGGACGGCUACGAGCCAGAAGCUGAAGGGUUUUGGUCUACCCAACCACCAAAAAAGCAGCUCAUCUGGGAGGUCGCCCGUAGCACGUCUGCAGCUCCAAUAUUCUUUCAUCCGUACAGACAGUACUUUGAUGGUGGUUUGUUAUCUAACAAUCCUACCCUUGACAUUCUCACAGAAAUUCACAAAUUCAACACUGGGCCAACGUCACAGAAAAGUUGUUGA